CAGAUAUCAAUAUUUUUACCUCGGACAAGAUACGAGGCGGUCGUGUACGCGAAGUAACUUCGCAAAAUAAAAGUGCGUCAUAUCGACCAACGCAAAUAAAAAAUAAAAGACAUUGACCGCUGUGCUGUUGUUUAUGUAGCGACCGUUACCAAACGGUAGACAGCUUUAUUUGGUGAUGUGAUUUUAAUACAUUGUUCCGCAUUCCAAGGGCGUAAACAAAACGAUAGACACUACUUAUUAAAUUGGAUUUUAAUUAGUGAUUAUGACUGUGCCACCUAACCCACAAUCGAUAUUUACCAUGGUUGACACGAAAGUUAAGAAUGACGAGCCAGGAUCCAAGGCGAUGAAGUGGUGUUCCUCACAGUGGAGGCGGAUAUUCGCUGAGUUGGUGUCGACGUGCGGGCUGUUGUUGCUGGGCUGCAUGACAACCAUACCGAUAGACGGGGUUCCCUACCAGCAGCCCCUGUACUCGCCGCUCGGAUUCGGAUUCGUCGUUAUGUUCAACAUUCAGAUAUUCGGACACAUAUCUGGUGCUCACAUGAAUCCUUCUGUGACGCUGGCAUCGGUGCUGUGGGGCGCUACUUCUAUACUGACGGCGAUAGCAUACUUUAUUGCCCAGUGUACUGGGGCUAUUUUAGGUUAUGGGAUUUUGUUAUUUAUGUCUCCGGUGGACUUAUCGGCUGGUGGGGUGUGUGUGACGCAAGUUCAUCAUGCUCUGAACGUGUGGCAGGGAUUGGCCGUAGAGGUAGCGCUCACGUCGACGCUCAAUUUCUUGAAUUGCGGUGUGUGGGACCCGGUUAAUAAGAACAAACAGGAUUCUGUGCCUGUGAAGUUUGGUUUGGCGAUAGCAGGACUGUCGUUGUGCGGGGGCCCCCUCACCGGCGCCAGCAUGAACCCGGCGCGGUCACUGGCGCCUGCGUUGCUCACCGGACUGUGGAGGGACCACUGGAUAUACUGGGUCGGGCCCUUUAUCGGAGCUGUCCUGCCUACUCUACUUUAUAAAUAUGUUUGGCUAAAAAAAGAAGACUCAGUAAUAGUGUCGCCAGGUGUGCCGAUUAUAUCGUCCUGAUGAUCAAGAGACUUAGGAAUUGAUCUGAGUGAUGUUGCAAAUGGUCACUUACAAUUAAUUUAUAAGAUAUCCGUGGUUGCUGAUUGUUUUCUGCCCAGGUACUUUUAGGUCGGGUCAGUUGUCCCAUUUUUUUACUUUUGUGUAAGCCUUCCGUCCAGCUUUCUGUUUCUGACACAUAAGACUGACAGCAGUCAGAAGUAAGCGAUAAAAACAGUAUUAAGCGGUGAUUAAACAAUAAAUUAUUUUUUAAA